GAUGAGACCCCGGGGAGUCUGCGCGGGACGCGCGUGCGCGACUUGCGGACAAGCUGUGGCGGGGGCGUCGGCGUCGGCGUCGGCGUCCGGCCCGACAGGGGGCGGGGCCGAGGGCAGGUGCGCCCGGGGAGAGAGGGGCGCCCCGGCAGGUGCAGCCUUGGGAGAGAAGGGGGUGCAGCCUGAGGGAGAAAGGGAAUGCCUGGAAGAGGAGUGGGGGCCUCUCAGGGUCCAUGAGGUCUCUGCCGAGAAGAGGCCCGCCAAAGGGGCGGCAGCACUGACCCUGCCCGCCCUCCCGGCGCACGUGCGCACCCGCGGGCUAAUGGCAGACACCCGCACGCGAGGUGCUCGCCGGACCGCAGAGAUGCACAGGGUUAAGGCCCGAUUGUCUUUUUUUUUUUUUUUUUAAGACACCGGAGCGUUUAGUGGGCACGGCGUUCCUGGACUACUAAAGCCGUUAAAGACGUUACUACAGAGGAGGGUCUCCGCACCGCUCCAGACCCUGAGAGCCCUUGCGGCGCACGCGCGGUGCUCUGGCCGAGGGCGCACGCGCGCCGCUCCCGCGAAAAGUUCUGUAGGCACGGCGAGUCGAGCGUCGAGCAGGCGGUGCGUGGGCGGCGCCGAGUGCCGAGCGGUCUCGCCCCCGCGCGCGACGAGAACCCCUAACCGUCGCCGCCCCACGCACCCCCGCCGGCGGGUCCGAGGCAGGGCAGGACGCGGGGAGCACCUCUGCGGGAACUCGACGAAACGAGAGGCAUCCUCAAGGACCUGCUGCUCUACGAGAUGUUGGGAUUUUUGAAGCGCCCUGUGGUGGUGAAGGCUGACAUCAAUUUGAAUGUUGUGGUUCUGACUGCAGUGGCCUUACUGAGCCGCCUGUGGCAGCUUGCCUAUCCAAGGGCUGUGGUUUUUGAUGAAGUAUAUUAUGGGCAGUACAUCUCUUUCUACAUGAAGCGGAUCUUCUUUCUGGAUGGCAGUGGACCACCAUUUGGCCACAUGCUGCUGGCCUUAGGAGGUUAUUUAGGAGGAUUCGAUGGUAACUUUUUGUGGAACAGAAUCGGAGCAGAAUACAGCAGCAACGUGCCCGUGUGGUCUUUGCGCCUGCUGCCGGCCCUCACCGGGGCCCUUCUGGUGCCCAUGGCCUACCAGAUCCUGCUGGAGCUCGGCUUUUCUCAUUGCGCUGCCACGGGGGCCGCUCUGCUGAUGCUUAUCGAGAAUGCGCUCAUCACUCAGUCAAGGCUCAUGCUUUUGGAGUCAGUGUUAAUAUUUUUUAAUUUGUUGGCCGUGCUGUCCUAUCUGAAGUUCUCCAACUCCCAAAAACAGAGGCCCUUCUCUCUGAGCUGGUGGUUUUGGCUGACGCUGACGGGAGUGGCCUGCUCCUGCGCUGUGGGUGUCAAAUACGUGGGUGUUUGCACGUACCUGCUGGUGCUCACCGUCGCCGGCGUCCAUGCCUGGCACCUGAUCGGAGACCGGACUCUGUCACACGUCCGUGUGCUCUGUCACCUGCUUGCCCGAGCGGCAGCGCUGCUGGUCAUCCCGGCCCUCAUGUACUUGCUGUUCUUCUACGUCCACUUGAUUCUGGUCUACCGCUCCGGGCCCCACGAUCAGAUCAUGUCCAGUGCUUUCCAAGCCAGCCUGGAGGGAGGGCUAGCUCGGAUCACGCAGGGCCAGCCCCUGGAGGUGGCCUACGGCUCCCAGGUCACUCUGAAGAACGUCUUUGGCAAACCCGUGCCCUGCUGGCUUCAUUCCCACCAGAGCACCUACCCCAUGAUAUACGAGAAUGGGCGAGGCAGCUCGCACCAGCAGCAGGUGACCUGUUACCCCUUCAAAGACGUCAACAACUGGUGGAUCGUGAAGGAUCCCGGGAGGCAUCAGCUGGUGGUGAGUAACCCCCCGAGGCCCGUGCGGCAUGGGGACGUGGUGCAGCUGGUGCACGGCAUGACCACCCGCUUCCUCAACACGCCCAGGGUGCGUCGUCCUGCUCCUGGGACAGCGAGCACCUCCCUGAGACCGGCUUUGCCGUCCGUGGCGGAGUGGCGAUGCCCACACAGCGUGGACUGCCGGCCGUCAGACCCCACAUCAUGUGGACUUUUCCCCAGAGGCGUAGUGAUCGGCAGGGUGAGGAACUCCCUCCACUGGACUGUUUGGUUUUCCAGGCACGAUGUGGCUGCGCCCCUGAGCCCCCACUCGCAGGAGGUCUCCUGCUACGUCGACUACAACAUCUCCAUGCCCUCCCAGAACCUCUGGAGACUGGACAUCGUAAACCGAGAAUCCGACACGGAGGUUUGGAAGACCAUCUUGUCAGAGGUUCGCCUGGUGCACGUGAACACCUCCGCGGUCCUGAAGCUGAGUGGGGCCCACCUCCCGGACUGGGGGUUCCGGCAGCUGGAGGUCGUUGGGGAGAAGCUGUCCCGCGGCUACCACGAGAGCAUGGUGUGGAACGUGGAGGAACACCGGUACGGCAAAAGCCAGGAGCAGAAGGAGAGGGAGCUCGAGCUGCACUCACCCGCACAGAUGGACGUCAGCAGAAACCUGAGCUUCAUGGCCAGGUUCCUGGAGUUGCAGUGGAGGAUGCUGACGGUGAGGAGCGACGACUCGGAGCACAAGUACAGCUCCUCGCCGCUGGACUGGGUCACCCUGGACACCAGCAUCGCCUACUGGCUGCACCCCAGGACCAGUGCUCAGAUCCACCUGCUUGGGAACGCCGUGAUCUGGGCCUCGGCCGGCCUCGCCACGCUGGUCUAUGCUCUGCUCUUCCUGUGGUACUUGCUUAGACGGCGAAGGGGUAUCCGUGACCUCCCUGAGGAUUCCUGGCUGCGCUGGGCGCUGGCCGGGGCUCUGUGCGCCGGCGGCUGGGCGGUGAACUACGUCCCGUUCUUCAUGAUGGAGAAGACGCUCUUCCUCUACCACUACCUCCCUGCGCUCGCCUUCCAGAUCCUCCUGCUCCCGGCGGUCUUGGAGCACCUCGGGGACCGCCUGUGCAGGUCCCCGCUCCUGAGGAGCCUCUUCAGCGGCCUGGUCGUGGCCUGGUACUCCUGCGCCUGUCACGUGUUCAACACGCUGCGCCCGCUCACCUACGGGGACAAGUCACUCUCGCCCAGCGAACUCAAGGCCCUUCGCUGGAAAGACAGCUGGGACAUUUUGAUCCGAAAAUACUAACAGGACACACACAGUGAACGUCUGGGCCGGGAUCAGGGCAGGAAGAGCGGUCAUCUUGAACCGUGUUUGUCCUUGACAGAGUAGCUUGAAGCUUGGCCGAUCGGCCAGCCUGCUCUGCUUUUUCUUCAGUCGCUGACAAGCAGUUUGAGCCAAGUUUGCGUUUUCCAGGCAAUAGAGGACAUGCCCUGGGUGUCCCCUGGCGCCCAAGGGCCCCCGAACUAGGGCAUGCUGAGCGGCUAGGGCAGGCCUCACGAUGGGGAAAGAGCAGGAGCAGAGCGGGCAGCGACGGGGGUGAGUUAGGGACGAAGCGGCCAGGGCCCCGGCCCCCGCUGACCUGCUGAGCCACAGCCGUCUCAGCCACCGUCCCCCCGUGAGGCCUCGAGGAACCGGCCUGCCAUCACAUCAGCACCAAACAAGCUACCGAAUGACAGGCCCUCGAUUCUGGUCACUGCAGCGAAGACCCUGGGACCCCUCGCCGCUGCCGACGCGGUGGGGGCAAGACGAGCCAGCAGCACCAGCAGGUUGAGACUCGUGUCACCCCCGCGUACCCCCGUCCCGAAUCUGCCCUCUGCGUACAAUUAAACACGGACACGUUGGCACUGGUA